AUGUCAUCCAAGUCUAGCAAACGCAAAGAAAAAUACAAUCUGCUUACGGACAAGACCGAGGCGGAGUCGUGUGAUGAGAGCGCAUCAAGAGAACCGUCUGUCGAUGAAGAGGCCGGGUUUGUCAGAGUCAGGAAAUACAUCCCAUGGCAGACGUUUGACCCAGCCUGGAAAUCAUGGUAUUUCUUCGUUCCGCCUAUUCUCAUCUUUUCAAUCCUGUCAUGGCUAGCCUUCUUUCCAUCGUGCGAAACCUGUCAAAAGAUGAAUCUCGACACAUCAGGAUACGUCUGCGCGCCAAAUGGCGCCCUCCCCAAAAUCGCCCGCGACCGGGGCUGCGAGUUCGACACCAUGUCAUUCAAAUGGUGGCCCAAGGAGCCCAUGGCGCACAAGGACAACGUCGCGCUGGUCAAAGACUUUUAUCGCGAAGGACCUUGGCAUCGGUAUUAUGACAAGGGCGGGAAACACGAGAUACCACCAACGAGCGAAGUCUUGACCGCCGGCUGGGUGACCAGAAAGGAACACACGUACCACUGCAUGUACACCCUGCGGCAGACGCACCUUUGGAUGGUCCUGGGGUAUGAUCCUCCGUUCAACUACAGCCACACGAUCCAUUGCACAAAGUACCUGAUGGAUGCCAUACUGGAGAAUCCGCCCAAAGACUUUGAGGAGCUCAAUGUGCAUGGGACUCCAUGGCCGGAGCAUCCAGAUAUCGUAAAACCAUAUUACCCUUGUAAACAAGAGGGUCUCAGCUGUGAGUCUUGGUAA